AGUCGGGCAGCAGCAGUGGCCGCGGCGCACCGCGUGCAGACGGUCCGCGGCGCAGCGGACGACACCGCAGCGCUCCGCGACACUGCCGGCGCCACCGGCGGCCGCCCUUGGCCCGCGCCCCGUGCCCCACAGUGCUGACGGCGACGCCGCAUGGACCCGGAUGACGUCGGCUGCCCACCGGCAACGCGCAGCGACCGGCACCAGCGCGGCGAAGUCUGGGAGCCGUAUGGGUGACCGGGUGGCACCAGGCGAACAACAGGUGGCCAUGGGCGCGGCCUAGCAUGCUCAACGCAUCGGCGGAGGCGGCGGACCCCGGAGGCGGCGGUGGCGGCGGCGGCGGCGCCAACUGGUGGGCGCUGCUGGCGCUGUUGCUGGUGGUGGCCACGGCGGCCGGCAACGUGCUCGUCUGCCUGGCCAUCGCGUGGGAGCGCCGCUUGCAGAACGUCACUAACUACUUCCUCAUGUCGCUCGCCAUCACCGACCUCAUGGUGGCCGUGCUCGUCAUGCCGCUCGGCAUCCUCACGCUCGUCACGGGUUACUUCCCGCUAGCGCCCGUCUACUGCCUGGCGUGGAUCUGCCUGGACGUGCUGUUCUGCACGGCGUCCAUCAUGCACCUAACCACCAUCAGCGUGGAUCGCUACCUCAGCCUGCGCUACCCCAUGAAGUUCGGCCGCAACAAGACGCGCCGCCGCGUCACACUCAAGAUCGUCUUCGUGUGGUUGCUGUCCAUCGCGAUGAGCCUGCCGCUCUCGCUCAUGUACUCCCAGGACCACACGUCGGUGCUGGUGGCGGGCACGUGCCAGAUCCCGGACCCGCUGUACAAGCUGAUCGGCUCCAUCGUGUGCUUCUAUAUCCCGCUGGUGGUGAUGCUGCUAACGUACGCGCUCACCGUACGCCUGCUCGCCGUGCAGCAGCAGAACCUGUGCGGCGGUGGCGCAGGGGGCAGCGCUGGGGGAGGCUGGUCCAGCGGCUGGAUGGGCGGCGCGCCAUCACCAGGUUGUAGGGGCAGAGGCAUAACGUUUGCAGUGUGGGGCCAGCCACGCUGCGCAAGGCUCUGCCUGAACCACAGAAUAGGCAACCAGCCCCUCGACAGGCUGGAACGACAGUCACGAGUGGUUCUAACCGCAGUGCGGUGGUUGUGGCGGGCAGGCGGCGGCGGCCUGGAGCGGCGCGGCACGUGGCGGCGGCUGCUGGGCACCCGCGGCGCGGCCCACUGCCACGGCCAGCAGCAGCCGCAGCACCAGCUCCAGCCGCCGCAGCAGCAGCAGCCGCGCGCCCACCACGGCCAGCAGCACUCGGCCGCCAGCACCGACACCGAGCUGAGCGCGCUCGACCUGUGGCUGCCGGACGACGCGGCGCCGUCGGCGGCCAGCGCGCUCUCCCAGCUGGGCGCCGAGAUGCUGCGCCUGUCGCGCCGCCUCGAGUGCGUCGGCGCCGCGCCCACCCACGCGCACACCGCCCCGCACACGCCGCCGGCCACCACCACGAGCGCAAGCGAGGAGCGGAGCGUGUCUACGAGCCCCUGCGGUUCGCAGACCCAGCUGUGCCCGCCGGCGCCGGCGCCGCCGUCGGCAGCGGCAACGCCGAGGCGGCGGGCGUCCACGGUGGGGGAGACGCCAGCCCGGCCGCGGCACGCAGGGGUCCCCCGCCGGCGGCGUGGCUCCAGCUUCCACCAGCUGCUGCCGCCGUCGCAGCCGCCACAGACGCAGACGGCGGUCAGCGACGUCGUCAUCGUGGCGACCAGCGCCUGCGGCCCGCCACCGGGACACGAGCCCUCGGUGGUGACUUGGCGUCGCGGCUCGGCCUCCACGUGCCGCACGUCGCUGUUGGCACCGCCCCCGCAGCCGCAGCCGGCGGGCCCGCUGCGCCGCGCCGCCACGCUGCGCCUCGGCCACGCCGCCACGUCGACGUCAUCAUCGUCGUCCGUGCCUCCCAGCCCGGCAGCGCGUAGGACUGUACGCGCGCACCACUCGCGCACGUCGAGCGUCGCGUCGCGCACGUCGUCGCGGCACGGCCGCAUCCUGCGCCUCGAACAGAAGGCCACCAAGGUGCUGGGCGUCGUCUUCUUCACGUUCGUCGUGUUGUGGGCGCCAUUCUUCGUGCUCAACCUGGUGCCGGCCCUGUGUGCCGGCUGCGAACGCCACAUCCAGCCGGCCGUCUUCGACCUCGUCACGUGGCUGGGCUAUGCCAGCUCCAUGGUCAACCCAGUCUUCUACACCAUCUUCAACAAGGUCUUCCGGCAGGCCUUCCGGAAGGUGCUGCUCUGCCAGUACAAGUCCAAGACGUGGCGUCCGUCGCCCUGACUGUGUGUGACACUUCGCCCGGCUGUGCUGCUCGCCCCAGAGACGUACAGUGCCGCUUCCAGACUGUGUUCGAAUAUGCGCAUGCUGUGCACAAUUCUUAAUCCUUAACCACUGCCAUAUGGCAAGCAGGUACUCCGAACGACACUCGUCUGUCCGGUUACUGUCACUCCUCUACGUAAAACCCUACACCUCACACGCACUCUAGUGUAAGCCUAGAAUUUACAAUACACGGUUAAAACGUCGAGUCCCACACAGAGAGCUACUAGUUUACAAGGACGUAAGGCACUGAUAACAAAACGCCGACCAAAGUCAAUUGCUCGCCACGUUGCAUCGUCUGCAAUUAGCCGCAGUUUAUUUGCGACUACUGUCGUCUUAAGGCUCAGACACACCUCAAAAACAGGGCAUACACUCGAGCAAUACUACAUUAAACCUGUCACAACCAUUUUUUUCCGGACUGAAACACGUUAAUGUACGGCUGUUUUAAAUAAUGUCGUAAUCAGAAGCAACAAUACGAGAAAGAAAUGUUUCUACUCGCUUUGUUUUCCAUCGCGAGGUUGGACAUUUGGACAUACAAGAAUAUUCGUAAAUACCUCCGGGGUUUUAACACACACACACACACACACACACACACACACACACACACACCAUGGUUCCAGACUGAUAACCAGGCAGUCGAGUGGACCGGAGGACGCCUGCUCUGCCGUCUGCGCCUGCGCCGUCACGCAGUCGUGAAGGAUUGACGGAAUCGGCAUGCUAUUUGUUUGUAAACGGGAGUGUUCUCGAAAACAGUGCUCCAAGAAAACGAUGAAACAGAACUGCUGCGGGCUCAGGCCCUAAAACCAAACAAAAACCUCUAGUAACAUUUAACACUAUACCCUCUCUACACAGUGAAUAUCGUCAAACUGAUGUAUGCAUGAUGUGUACAACCUGUAAUUACGGCAAGAUAAUGUAAACGUGGCAUUCCAUAAACUA